AUGCUGAUGCUCUUCAUUCUUUCCACUUUACUCCUGUCUCUGACCGAAGGCAGACCUGUCGACAAAGAGCAAGUGUCUGCGCUUCUCGACGAGGUGUUCAACGCGAGUCGCGCACAAAAUAUCAACCAGGAAUUUGUCGGUGGGCACGUUUCCCGUCUUUGAUCUGGUUAUCUAAAUGCUGAAAACCGCUGCAGUGACGUACGAGGACGGGAACAUCGUUAUCGAAUCGGUCAACUUUGAGCGGCCAAGUAAGAAAGAAAGAAACAGACACGACUAUACGAUUGUCCUUUGUCCAGGUGCUCCGACGAUAGCGACGCGACUAAACAACGUUUCAUGA